AUGUUGAAUGUGGACUGGGACGAUGACGAUGAUGUUCAGGACGUGAUGCCCGCGAAGAAAGCCCGCCGUCGUGGCCCCAUGAAGGUUCAGAAGUGCGACAAGGUCCAAAAGCGGCCUGCGUUGCAGAAGACCCCACGACAGCGAAUCAUGAAGCAUGUGCCUACUGCCGAAAGCGUCUUGGGCCACAUUGACAAGCACCCAUUGCCUGAGGCUGCGGACGAGAUACGCCCUUGCGAGGACACCAUUUUGGUCGGCUCGGUGUGCUCUGGCUUGUGCGCCGAGCUAUGGAGCCUGAAUGGUAUGGGGCGGCGCUUCCGAGCAACUUUCUGCUGCGAGAGCAAUGCUGGCCUGCGCAAGCUUUCCAUGAGCAUGCACACUCACGACUAUGUCUUUUGCGAUGUUUUUCUGGAAGACUGGAUGGCAGUGAGCUGCGACCUGUUCUUCGCUGGCUUUCCUUGCCAGGGUUUUAGCGAAUGCCAGCCAGCGGGAACAGCAGGCUUGACACACAUCAGUGGAUCGUGCAUCUUCCCCAUCCUCCGUUACAUCAGGCACAGACGACCCCCAAUGUUUUGCCUCGAGAAUGUCCGCGGCUUGUUGACGCUCUACCCCGAAACCUUUGCCAUGAUUUUGGGAGUCCUGGACGGCAUGACGGAUGAGAGGGGCCGGAAGCUGCUGCUGUACUGCAUCUUGCGUGAGUCGUACUCUGUGAGUUGGAAGGUCUUGGACACAUGCAGGGUCACCACCUUGCCCCAGCAUCGAGAGCGCUUGUUUGUGACCGGUUGCCUGACCUCGGCUAUGCAGCGUCCGAUGAGCUGGCCACCAGAGGCCAUGGUUUCCAUGAACGUGAUAUGUCCAUGA